AUGUCGGCAAGCAAGCCCCGUACGCUGUACCAGAAAAUCUUCGACUCCCAUCUGAUCACAGAGGAGGAGGAUGGAACGUGCUUGAUCUACAUUGAUCGCCACCUUGUGCACGAGGUCACGUCGCCCCAGGCGUUCGAGGGACUGCGCCUCGCCCAGCGCAAGGUGCGCCGCACCGACUGCACGCUCGCCACCGUCGACCACAACAUCCCGACGGACAGCCGCAAGGAAUACCGCGACACGGAGACCUUUGUGCACGAGGCCGACUCGCGUCUGCAGUGCAUGACCCUCGAGCAGAACGUCAAGGAAUUCGGCCUGACUUUUUACGGCCUCACGGACAGCCGCCAAGGCAUCGUUCACGUCGUGGGCCCUGAGCAGGGCUUCACCGUGCCGGGCGGCACGCUCGUGUGUGGUGACUCGCACACCUCGACGCACGGCGCGUUUGGCGUGCUCGCGUUCGGCAUCGGCACCUCGGAGGUAGAGCACGUGUUGGCCACUCAGACGCUGCUGCAGAAGCGCUCCAAAAACUUCCUGAUCGAGGUGAACGGCGAGGUGCCGGAGGGCGUGACCAGCAAGGACAUUAUGCUCUACAUCAUCGGUGUUAUUGGCACCGCUGGCGGCACCGGCUGCGUCCUCGAGUUUGGCGGCUCGACCAUCCGCAGCCUGAGCAUGGAGGCGCGCAUGAGCAUGUGCAACAUGAGCAUCGAGGCCGGCGCGCGUGCGGGUGUCAUUGCGCCCGACCAAGUCACCUUUGACUACCUCAAGGGCCGCCCGCUCGUGCCCAAGGGCGCCGAGUGGGACAAGGCGGUGGAGUACUGGCUCUCGCUCGCCUCGGACGAGGGCGCGGUGUACGACAAGGUCGUGCGCAUCGAUGCUAAGGACAUUCCCCCGACGAUCACCUGGGGUACCUCGCCGCAGGACACGGUUCCGAUCACGGGCAAGGUGCCCGACCCCAAGAACGCUCCGAGCCCCGAGCUCGCGUCGCAGUGGGAGCGCUCGCUGAAGUACAUGGGCCUCGAGGCGAACACGCCGAUGGAGGAGGUCAAGGUCGACAAGGUCUUUAUCGGCUCGUGCACCAACUCGCGCAUCGAGGACCUGCGUGAGGCCGCACGUGUCCUGCAGGGCCGCAAGGUGUCGGAGCAUGUGCACGCGAUGCUCGUGCCUGGCUCGGGUCUUGUCAAGAAGCAGGCCGAGGCCGAGGGUCUCGACAAGGUGUUCAAGGCCGCCGGCUUCGACUGGCGCGAGGCGGGCUGCUCCAUGUGCCUCGGUAUGAACCCCGACCAGCUGGCGCCGGGCGAGCGCUGCGCUUCGACGUCGAACCGCAACUUUGAGGGCCGCCAGGGCGCCGGUGGCCGUACGCAUCUGAUGAGCCCGGCGAUGGCCGCGGCUGCGGCCGUGACCGGCUACCUGACCGAUGUGCGCAAGCUCACUACCGGCAGGAUUUCCGGCUUCGACGCGGGCAACCCCAGCUUUGAGAUCCAGGUCCAGGACCCGAUGCAGUUCAUCAAUGCAGGUGACUUUAAGAUUGAGACCGCCGCGCCGCCCGUGAGCGAGACUGCGCCGCAAAAGGACGUCGCAUCCAAGGCCGAACCGGCCGGGGUGAUUGGCAGCAGCAUGCCCGCCUUUACGGUCGUCAAGGGGGUCGCCGCGCCGAUGGACCGCUCCAACGUGGACACGGACCUGAUUAUUCCCAAGCAGUUCCUCAAGACCAUCAAGCGCACGGGUCUUGGCUCGGCCCUCUUCUGGCCGCUGCGCUAUGACGUGAAGACCGGCGAGCCGAUCGCCGACUUUGUGCUGAACAAGAAGCCCUACGACCAGGCCAAGAUCCUCGUCGUGACCGGCUCCAACUUUGGCUGCGGCUCGUCGCGUGAACACGCGCCGUGGUCGCUGCUCGACUUUGGUAUCCGUGCCGUGAUCGCCGAGAGCUUCGCAGACAUUUUCCAGAACAACAUGACCAAGAACGGCCAGCUGCCGGUCAUCCUCAAGCCCGAGGAGAUCAAGCGCGUCGUGCAGGACGCCGAGGCCGGCAAGGAGAUCGCGGUCGACCUCGAGCAGCAAAAGGUGAUUUGUGCCGACGGCCAGACCGCCUUUAGCUUCGUGACCCCGCCCUUUGUGCGCCACUGUCUGCUCAACGGUCUGGACGACAUUGCCCUCACCCUCCAAAAGGAGAAGGAGAUCACUGCCUUCGAGAAAAAGCGCCAGGCGACCCCGUGGCUCGACGGUGUCGUCCGCCCUGGCUCGCAGAGCGUCGCAGAAGCGCGCCGCGCCAAGGCCAACACGGAUUGGUAG